UUGAUGGGUAACUGACAGAAAAAGGAAGUUGGUUAUUUUUGAGGCAGUGUACACGCAUUUUUGGUUUGAUAGACAUGCCCUUGAACGCUUCUUAGUGCUGCUUUUGUGGCUACUAUAAUUAUAUUAUUUAGCUCACCGUCUUCAAAUUUUAUUAGGUCCGCAGUAGCAGCGCCACCAUGGGGUUUCUACUCUCUAAACCCAUGGAUGCAAACUUUAAAAAGCAGCAAGAAUUCAUGCUCCACAAUUCUCGGCUGCAGAUGGAGCGUCAGAUCCUGAUGCAGAACCAGAUGAGAGAGAGACAGAUGGCUAUGCAAAUUGCCUGGUCCAGAGAGUUUCUCAAAUACUUUGGCACUUUCUUUACAGUGGCUACAUUGGGACUGGCUGUAGGUGCUGUUAAAAGAAAGAGACCGGCCCUCUUGGCUCCCAUCUUUCCUCUCGGCUUCAUAUUUGCCUACCAGAUGGACAGCGCCUAUGGGACACUUAUUAAUCGUAUGAGAAGGGAGGCUGAGAGUAUCAUGACGUCUGAACAUGACUGUCUGGACUUGCCUCAUGGGACUCCAACUUUUGAAAGCAUAGAGAAGGCCCGCCGCGCUAAAAGCAGCCUCACUUCCUUCUUGGAGAAAUGACAUGACAAAAUCCUAAUCGUCCGGUCCACGCAUUCACCCGUUCUGCUUUUGCUUAGUUAUGGAAAUUGUAAUAAUUAUGUAUCAUAGUGUCAGAGUAGUCUCAAUAUUAAUGAAUAUAAAAAUAAUUAUGUUGUUUUUGUGGUUACUAUUAGAGGUGCAUCAGUAGCCAAACCCUCUUAGCACUGAACAACUGUUAUAAGUACUUUUUUAAAAGCACAUUGGCUGAUGCAGAAUACCACUCAAAAUACUUAAAAAGUUAGUUAUCAUGAAAUAAAUCUGUAAUAUCAAUAUUUGCAUCAAUUACAUUUAACCUUUGUAACGUAAUUCACUCUGUGCCCCAAAUCCAGACUACAUACAAAUUUUAUACAAUAUAAACUACAUACUAAUCGUCAUAGUAUACUGUUUUACCAUUUAAUGUCCAAAAAUGGCAACAUACUUUACUAUUUUAUGCUAACAGGAAAUUAUAUGUGUGAUGUCGGAUGUCAAUGAAACUGCAACUUUCAGCCAAUUAAACUUAACAAAAAUACGUCAAUGUUUUUCCUAAGGUUUAAUAUUAAUUUUCUUUGGAGCUGUUUCACCACCAUCCACAAUUUCUUUUCUUUUCUUAACAGCUGUGAGCAGCUCCAUUUCCUAAAUAGUGUCCAUCAACAGCACACUCAAAACUCACCCGUAUUUAGUUUGUGUGUUUAUUUUCCACUUCAUUCACCACAUAGUAACACACGUCGCAGACUCUGCAUGUAGUAUUGAAUUGGGACAAAGCGCAUGACUCAACAAGUUGUUGUGCUUGUUGUGUAUCUAGUUAAAGCUGCAUGAAGUGAUUACUGACCACUAGAGGGCAGUAAGACUCCUAUACUCAAUCAGUAAUUUAACCCUUAAGCAGACACAAAGCAACAUGAAAAUCUUAGUGGUGUACAUUUCCGUGUCACCUGACGUGUAAUGUUUUUUUACCUCGAGUUUGGUUCACACUGGACACAUUGGAUAUCUGACGUUUCCUGGCAGGCAGGUGAUACACUCGCUGUCAAAGCUUCUUUGCUCAAACCGACUGGAUAAUCCACUAAAGAGCGAUCAAAAUGAUAAUAUCAAACAUAUUACUUAAUGGAGAUUUGAAUGUAAAUAUUCUCACACGGCAGAUGUUUGUCCUGACAGCAGAAGAUUGUAAUUUCCCCAAACUAAAACUUUUGAUGAGUUAAUUUGCCACAAUUGAGUUUAAGUGUUAAGGAGCUUUAUACCAAAUCUAUAGUUGGAAUUGAUGCACCUGUAAGUAAUAUUCACUGAUGUAAAAUAUUACAAGGUGCUGAUAUUUAAGCAUUAUGUAUUAAUCAUAAUUUUAACUUGUUUGACAUGAUGGAAAUUAAAUUUGUAAAUUCAAUAAAAAGAAAUAUCACAAAU